UACAAGUAGCCGACCCACCGGCGCCAACGAUUUCUCAAUCCCGUGUGCCGCCGUGCCCACCCCACCACCCAAACCAACGUUCUCCCGGGCCGGGAUCAAAGAAACCAUGUGCCGCGCCACGUUCCUAGGUGCCGCGCGCCACUGAAUCAGCACCGCCCGGUGCUCAGUCAAGCUGGCGAGGAGUAGUAGCCAGUUAUCAGCAAACAUGGCGAGAGCGCGGGAAGAGGAGGAUGGAGGUGAGGCGAGGAAGCUUGUGCUGGGCAAGUACGAGCUGGGGCGGCUGCUGGGGCAGGGCACGUUCGCCAAGGUGUACUACGCGCGGGACCUGAGCGCGGGGGGAGGCAGCGUGGCGAUCAAGGUGAUCGACAAGGCGCGGCUGCGGCGCACGGAGGGGAUGGCGGAGCAGCUGCGCCGGGAGAUCUCCAUCAUGCGAAUGGUGCGCCACCCCAACGUGGUGGGCAUCAGGGAGGUGCUCGCCAGCCGGUCCCGCGUCUUCGUCGUCAUGGACUACGCGUGCGGCGGGGAGCUCUUCGCCAAGGUGGCCCGGGGCCGGCUCACGGAGGACCACGCGCGGAGGUACUUCCAGCAGCUCGUCGCCGCCGUCGGGUUCUGCCACAGCCGAGGCGUCGCGCACCGGGACCUCAAGCCCGAGAACCUCCUGCUGGACGAGGAGGGCCGGCUCAAGGUCACCGACUUCGGGCUCGCCGCGCUGCCCGAGCAGCUGCGGCACGACGGGCUGCUCCACACGCAGUGCGGCACCCCCGCGUACGUCGCGCCCGAGGUGCUCAGGAAGCGAGGUUACGACGGCGCGCGCGCCGACGUCUGGUCCUGCGGCGUCGUGCUCUACGUGCUGCUCUGCGGCUUCCUCCCGUUCCAGCACGACAACUACGUCAAGAUGUACCAGAAAAUCUUCAAGGCCGAGUACCAGGUGCCGCCAUGGGUCUCCGGCGACGCGCGCCGCCUCGUCGCACGCCUGCUCGUCGUCGACCCCUCCAAGCGCAUCUCCAUCCCGGAGAUCAUGCGCACGCCGUGGUUCAGGAAGGACUUCGUGCCGCCCGUCCCGUCCCCUCGGGUCUCGCCCAAGAAAUGGCUCGAAGAAGACGACGGCGGUGUCCUCCUCCUCGGCAGCAACUCCGGCGCCAUCUUGCCACGGACAUGCAACGCCUUCCAGCUCAUAUCCUCCAUGUCCUCCGGGUUCGACCUGUCGGGCAUGUUCGAGAGCGAUCAGAAGGCCGCGACAGUGUUCACGUCCCGCGCGCCGCCGGCCACCGUGGUGGAGAAGCUGGAGGCCGUGGGGUGCGCCCUGGGGUUCGAGGUCACCAGGGGCAAGGGUUGGAAGGUGAGGAUGGAGGCGAAGGCCGACAGUACAAACGGGCGGCUAGCUGUCACCGCCGAGGUGCUCGAGGUGGCCGCGGACGUGGCCGUGGUCGAGUUCGCGCACGACGCCGGGGACGCGCUGGACUUCAACAAGUUCUGCGCGGAGGACGUGCGCCCGGGGCUCGCGGACAUCGUCUGGGCGUGGCAGGGCGACAGCCCACCGUCGUCGGGUGCGCGUGAUCAGAGGAGCCGUUCCGGCGUCCAAUCCUCGAUGUAAAAGUUAUAUAGCGGCUUUGCUUAGGAUUUGCACGGUUCCACUUUGAGACAGCCAUGACUAGUGUUCAAUCAUGUACCUUCGUUGUACAAGCAUAACAACUGAACAUAGAUGUGUUUGUAAACACGAUGAGUUGAGGCAGGGUGUGCUCGGCUUGCAAAAUUUUGAGACUAAUCUGUGAAAAGUGUGAGGAGGUGUACAUACAAAGUUUUGUUCCUUAUAAAAUUUAGUUUUGGUCCCACACAAUAUAGUCA